AUGUCAGUUUGGAGGACGGAUAAUAUAUGUCAGUUCUUGACACGCUUAUCUUACAAGGAAACAUCUGAGACCAUCAGUUGUAUCUCCUUUCCCUUACCUGCUAUUUGCCUGCCCUCACUGAAGCAAGCGCCCUGGAUGCAGAUACUCCUAGUCUUUGGCAAAAUUUGGAAGCGUCUCCUCCAGCUGUCUGUCCAGAAGUUGCUACUGCCUGCUCAGGAAUCUAAUUCUGUUGUUUCCAGAAUUCAGAGAGAACCUUCUGUUUUGCAAAAGACUGAUGUUGUAGGAUACCUGAAUCUAAACGAUGUCUAUGUCUUCAGCCUUUGA